AGUUUUUUAGAUUAAAAAUGAAACUUUCCCGGUUGCCAAUCCACAUUUCCAAGAGAUUUCACACGAAAGAAUAUCGAUUAGCGGGUCGAGAACAAUCAGUAGCAGUGGAUUUUGAUGGAAAAAGUGGAAUCGAGCUGAAAGCUGGCCACCUCGCCCGUUUUGCGUCAUCCACCGUAGUUGCUUCAUUCGGAGACAACGCCGUGAUGGCUACAGUAGUACAACGGAAAUCCAAGCAAGGAGAUGGUAGUGGAGUACCGCUACAAGUUGAAUAUCGACCGUCAGCGUCAGCAAUUGGCCGAAUUCCAACAAAUUUCCUGCGUCGUGAGCUCAGUCAAUCUGACAAUGAAAUCCUCAUCUCCAGAGCCAUUGACAGGUCGAUUAGACCACUUUUACCCGGAAAUUCCUAUGAAACUCAGAUAAUCUGCAAACCACUGGCGCUCGAUGAGAACGCCGACCAAAUCAUGCUGGGCAUCAACGCCGCCUCAACGGCCCUUCAAAUCUCGUCGGCGGCCUACAACGGCCCGUUGGCGGCCCUCCGAGUGGCCCGUACGGCCCGUGGCGAUUUUCACGUGAAUCCAACGCAGGAAGAGCUCCGAGAAGCUUCUCUAAACCUAAUUGUAGCCAUGCGAAAACACGAAAAAACCGUAAUGAUCGAGCUUGACGGCCGUGAGAGCUCUGCGGAGCACCUGGAGCAUGCUCUUGACGUGGCAUUCCGCCACGUGGCAAAGCUUCACGAGGCUAUGGAGCAACUGACGGCGGAGCCCAAAGAUGAGCUUGCUUCGGAGGAUUUUUCUGGUCUCGAACGGCUUUUGGAGGAGACCGCCCGUGAACGGAUCUACUAUGUGAUCACCGAUGCCGGCCAUGACAAAAUUUCCAGGGAUAUGGAAAUUAAGGCGAUUUUUGAGGAGAUUUGUGCGGAAAAAGCUUUUCAAACCUGCGAAAAAGACGCAAUCUACCGUACCUACUCGACUCUCGUCAAAAAAGUGCUCCGCGACACCACACUCCGUACCGGAAUCCGAUGCGACGGCCGCCGCCCCGACGAGUUCCGCCCGAUCACAAUUCACGUGGAUAUGUACAAGAAGCUGCACGGAUGUUCGAUCUUCCAACGUGGACAGACACAAGUCAUGUCUACAGUAACCUUUGACUCGCCCGCCGCCGCUUUUCACCCCGACUCGGUGGCUCAACUGCUCGGAAGUCAGCGGAAAAAGUCGUUUAUGCUGCACUACGAGUUUCCCGGAUUUGCGAUUAAUGAAUUUGGGACAACCCGAUCCCUCAAUCGUCGUGAAAUCGGCCACGGAGCCCUUGCGGAAAAAUCGCUGAAAAACCUCUUCCCCGCCGAUUUCCCAUACGCCACACGGCUCGCAUGCCAGGUUUUAGAGUCAAAUGGCUCAUCAUCAAUGGCUUCAGUCUGUGGUGGCUCAUUGGCUCUUUUCGACGCCGGAGUUCCCAUGAAAAACGCCGCUGCGGGGGUGGCAAUUGGCCUAAUUUCAGAUGAAGCCGAGCCGGAGACGAAGUACCGGGUGCUGACGGAUAUUUUGGGUAUUGAGGAUUACGCUGGUGAUAUGGAUUUUAAGGUUGCCGGCACCCGAGACGGCUUUACAGCCGCCCAGCUUGACGUCAAAAACGGCGGCCUAACCCGCCGCCAGCUCACCGAGAGCCUCCAGGCCGCCCGAGCCGGCAUCGACCAUGUGCUCCAAAAAAUGAGCGUGAUGAGGGAUCGUCCUCGAGAGCAGUUUAAGCCGACUGUUCCGAUCAUUCAAUCGAUGAGGAUAGAACCCCAUAAACGGGUCACAUUGUUCCGGAAUAAUGGGUACAAUUGCAAGUUGAUCGAGGCGGAGACUGGUGUUAAGAUCUCCGCUGAAGACGAAGCUCACAUCUCACUGUUGGCUCAGGAUAAGGAAAAACUGCAAAAAGCAAUGGAUAUGAUGAAUGAUGUGCUCGAGAGCAACUCCACAUUGGAUUUCGCCUUUGGCUCCAUAGUUCAGGCUGAAAUCGUGGAGAUCAUCGAACGCGGCGUCUACCUAACCCUUCCCGGCUCUUCUCGCCGAAUUUUCAUGAGCAACAACCACCUAAGCCUGAAUCCAGUAAGGCAUCCCGACGUGCUCGGCCUGAAAAUCGGCGACAAAAUGAGCGUACACUGGUUCGGACGCGAUGAGCACACUGGAAAUAUUCGAUUGUCACGGAAAACUCUAGCCGGAGCCAAAACACCUGCCACGUCACAGAAAAAAAAGUGAAAAAAUUUUUGGAGCCGAAAAAAAAAAUUUUUUUUUUGAAAUUUAAUUUUUUUUUUCUUGUUUUAAGCAUUUUUGUUAAGUUUUUCCAUAUUUUUUAUAUUUUUUUAGAUCCUUCACCACUAUUUUUGCGGGUUUUACUGUUUUUUUUCUCUCGUUAUAGAUUUUUUUUUUGCUCAAAAUUUCAAUUUUCUAGGUAUUUUUAGACUAUAAACUCAGUUUUUUAUUAC